AUGGAUCCCAACUCGGAAAUGGAGCAGCUAAUAUCCGAGUUCUAUAGUGAUUUCAAGACGAGGGAUAUUGUAGACGAAGGGUUUGCCAUUACACCCGAGUUGCCGCAACGAGACAAGAGCCAGCAGCUACCUCUGUCCCAUCAUUUCACAACCAGAGACAUCAACAAGGACUAUGGUGAGAUCUAUCCGCAGCUUCAUGGCAUGAGUGCAAAUGAAAACUACAACGUGGCGGAGUCUCUGCAAAAUGACCUUGCUUAUCAACUUGCCGGAACUGCCUUUCUCGAUGUUAACAAUAUGGAUUUCGAGCUCAAUAUACCGGGACAGGUUCAAAGCUCGGACCAGCAGUUUCAAUCGCAACACUCUUUGGAGUUUCAAGCGGGUCAGAGUCAGCUACAGGCUCAACCACAGCAUGGAAGUAGCCAAGCAUCGGACCAAAUUCACUCAAAUUUACAAAACACCCAGCUUCAAACCGCCAUGGGAAACGAGCAAGAUAAUAUGGAGAUCGAUGAAUCUCCACCGUUCACCAUUGAGCUGGAUCUAUAUUUUGACCAAGCCUUGGACAACAAUUCAGUCAUCACCAACAAUAGAGUGCAUAACCAAGACGGGGACUCGCUAUCCAGAAAUAGAUUGUCGGUGUUCAGUCAAAAUACAACCCACAGUGGGCUACCCAAUAGUCUUUUAAAGAGCCCCAUGCAGCCAAACGAGAUCAAGGCUAGUCCCUUUGACAACAACUCUCGAGCUUCGUCCUAUCAAAAUAUUCAGCACGCGAGCUGCAGCAACAGCAACAGCAACAGCGCCGCCGCCGCCGCCGCCGCUGCAGCUGCAGCUGGUACUGGUAUUGGUACUACAAAUACUGCUUAUGAGUCUAUGGCUUUUACAAAUGGGCGCAACUUGUUUUUUGACAGCGAAAAUCAACAAAUUGUGGGUCGAUUAAGAAAUGGGUCCAUUGAUUCAUACUAUGCAGCAAACGUUAUUAACCAGCAUGCGUUGUUACAGCUGCAACAACCUCAUCAACUGCAGCAAAGUCUUGUGCCAAAUUCGCACUCGCACUCACACUCACACUCCCACCAGCAACUCCAUUCCAAUGGGCAGUUUUUAAACCAAGCUAGUCAACAAGAACUAUCUCCCCUUACAACUUCGACAUCACAUACACAGUCCGUUUCAUCUUUGCAUUCGACUCAGGCUUCAUUCUUUUCGGCACAACAAUACAUCAAAAGAAACUCGUUCGACCACCAAUCUGGAUCCCAGCAUCGCCCUUCCCUGGAAGGGUUUGGCCGGCCUUCGAUUGUUGAAAAUACCCAGAGUCAACAGCUGCAGCAGAGAAACCCUCGCUACCUAAGCUUUACAAACUCGAUAUCCAACAUUAUACCCUUUAUGGGAGAUAAAAACCAGCAAAGAUCUCCGCCUCACGCUCAGAAUCCUGCCCCGCAGUCGCUUUUCAAAAACAAUAACAGUAAUAACAAUAAUAAUAACAGUAAUAAUAAUAAUAAUAAUCACAAUAGUAAUGGAACUCAACCACAGUCGAGGCAUUUGAUACGGUCGAUAUUCAAGUCUAGUACUCCACAAGCGGCUGUAAAUGAAGACUUGCAGGUAAAGACGGAGGAAAAUGUGGACACAAACAUGGAUGAGAUUGCCAAUCAGUUUCUCCAUAUUCCUCAGGAAAAUUCAAAUUUUGCAAACACAGUCACGGUAAAGGAAGAAAAUGAACCUGAGCCGGAGUUUACCACGUCAACAAAGAAAGUCAAGGCACCCAAGAGAAGCCUCUUCACCAGAUUCAAGAGCUCUAAACAAGAAGAUGGUAAGCCCACCGUGGAGGAAAAACUUGAGUCGCAAGAUGUCGAGAUGGGCGACCACAUUGAGCCUAUCUCGAACCCUGCUUCAAGUGGGACACCAUCAAUUAUGACUAGCGGCGCAGCCGUGGAUGCAUUGGAAAACUCGACUUCCGAAACAUCGCAACUGAAUGAACCAGACUAUGCUGCAUUAUUUGAGAAUGUCGGCAAGAGGAAACCCUCUUCGGCUACUACUGGCAAACAAAAGAAGGAAAAAGUCAAGGCAAAGGAAGAACCAAGUGCAAAGCAAUCUUCUACUUCGAUCUUUUUCGGAAAACAAAAGAACAAGCAGCAACAACAGCAGCAGCAGCAACAACAAAACCAACAGCACCAGCACCAGCAGUACCAGCAGCAGUCUGUAAGUAGCGGUGCUUCUAUUGUCGAUAACGCAAGUGAAAGGAUUAGUGUCUCGUCAUCCAACGCAUCUUCCAAUGUACAACGGUUGCCUUCGAAUGACAUGGAGCAACAAAACUUGACACCUCCUUCAACGCCAGGCAAUUCCACCUUGGCCUCGGCAUCAAAGCGGAUUUUGGGUUCCAAGAUUAUGUCCAAGACCAGCAGCAGCAGCAGCAAGAAAGCGUGCAUCAAGAGCACGAAAAAGAUAACCGAGGAGGAGCUUGAACGUAAGGAGACUCCGAUUAUUGCCUCGUUGGAUACACCGGUUGCUACCAUGAUCUCCAAAGGUGUUGAAGUGCAAGUUGAUCUUGCUUCGCUCGAUUUACCACCUGACACCAAGAUCUUCCCUACGUCAAUCAUCAACUCAAAGAAUCGCACGAGAGGCAGAAAAGAGAAUAAAGAAGCCGAUUUGAAUGACGAAAGCAAGAUUUAUCUUUGCAAUUACUGCUCGAGACGAUUCAAGAGACACGAGCAUUUGAAGAGGCACUUUAGAUCGUUGCACACUUUUGAAAAACCAUAUGACUGUUCCAUCUGUAAUAAAAAAUUUAGCAGAUCAGACAACUUGAAUCAGCAUUUGAAGAUUCACAAGUUGGAGGAGGAAGAAGAAGCCGCUGCCGCUGCCGCCGCUGCUGCCGGUGGUAGUGGUGUAUCUGCUUCUGCUGCCACAGCAGGAACCGAAGUAGCAGAAGACAUGAAUGAAGAAGGAUCUUGA